AACAUUCUGUGCUUUUCUUUUCACUGCUGCGAGAGAGAAACGGAGAACUGUUCAGUUUGUUACGUCUGAGAGAAACAAAACACAGCAAAGGACAUUUCUUUUUAUAUUUAAAAAUCAUUUGCAAGAGAUGUUUGAACCACACCAUUAAAGAUUAUCAAAGGUGUUUUUAUACAACUGUUGGAAUGAUGAGAGAGAAGAGGACAAGGAAGAUAAAACUAGAAGAACAUGAACCAGACGCUUUUCCGAUGAUCGUAGGUAAAAUGAAGAUAUCACUUCCCCAGAUGAGAACCGUGAAAUCAAAGGAGAAGAUUAAAGUCUUCGCCUCAAAUUCGAUCUCAACCAAGGCUACUACAUGUGAGACUUCAGGGAAUAAAAUGAGGCUAUGUGUCAACCUGAUGCCUGUCCUGGCUGCAGCCAAGGAGAAUGUGGACGAAGAAGAGAAGAAAGAGAACAACAGCUGCAUAAAUCAAGAAGACACAGAAACCAGUAGCACAGAUGAGUCAGUGGAACAAACACUUGAUUCUUUCCUGGGAUUACAUUUGGACACUGAUAUUGAACAAUCAUUCAAUUCUGGCUCUGUGCGGCCACCUGUAACUCAACCUAAAUCUGCUGCUGAGUUUUGUGAGUGUCAGAAGAGAUGCCAUACUCCUCUGCCUCCUAUCAGAUUAUCUGAAAAAACAAGAGGCAUCUCUCCAAACGUCACUACAAAAGACUGCAGAGGCAACGGGUUGGUUAAAGGACAAGAAGCAGACUGCAGGUUCUGGAUGGACAACCCCAUGGUCUCUAAAAGUAGAUCUCCAGAGUUUCGUCUUCCUGACAUCUCCCUGUCCAGCCUGGACACUCUGCUGCAGAUGGUCACACAGAAACUGAAGAGGAAGAGGAGAGGAGGUGAUGAAGGGCCAGCAGAUCAUCUCCUGGUGCCUGUUAGAGAGCAGCACUUGAGAGAAAAAAGCGCUACAGAGGACAGAAACUUGGCCAAUACAUACUGAAGCAGUAGCAUCAGUGGGGAGAUGUCGUGUAAACAGAUGAUCCUUCCUCCACUUGUAUCUGCAUCAACACCGAUGCUCAGCCUCACAAUGACGAAGAUAAACCUCCCGACUUCCAACGCACAGCAGUGAUUCACCGAAAACAACAAACUGGACGCACAACAUACAGCACAGCGUGUUUUAAAAAGUAUACAGGAAACCAUAUAGUUUUAUUUUUCUUCAGGACAAAACAUUCACAACAGACAGAUACCCGUUUCUCCUUUCCUAUACUAGCAUAUCUCCAGUAUAUAAUGCUCUUAUAGUAGAUGCACA